AUGGCUGUCACGGUAAAAGAAUGCCUGGAGCUCCAACUACUGGAAGUGGAAAUGCUCCUUUCAAUGUUUCCCCAAAAAGGUGAAGUGAAUCUGGAUGAGGGUGCUGUGCCCGGCGUGCAGCGCUACCUGAGAAACGGGGAUGGAGCUCUGCCCCCACAGCUCGAAUAUUCGAUUGCCUUUGAUGUAGGGGAGGCAAAGGUAAAAGUGGAAUUGCAGGUACUGCUGCCUCAUAUGUAUCCUCAUGUAGCUCCUCAGCUUUUUGUGAGGUCAAAUGCACUCCACAGACAGCAACAGCUGCAGCUCAACACCGGUCUCACUUCUCACAUCAGCUCUUUGGAUUCAGGUGAACUGUGUAUAUAUGAAGCUGUGCAAUGGGUGAAAGACAACAGCCCGCCUUACCUGGAAAACAGCAAGAUCUCUUCUGAAAGUGCUUCGAAAGAAGUCGUAGUUAAAGAAACAUUGCAUCGCAUGUGGAUCUACAGCCAUCAUAUAUAUAGGCAGGAACUGAGGAAAAAGAUUUUUGACUGUGCAAAGAAGUUAAAUCUGACUGGUUUCUGCCUGACAGGGAAACCUGGUGUCAUCUGUGUGGAGGGACUGAGAGCAAACUGUGAAGAGUUCUGGUGUGUUAUUAGGUAUCCCAACUGGAAGCAUAUUUCAUGCAAGCAUACAGAGAAUAUAGAAACGGAGGGAAGCAUCGAUAAUCUUCGUCUCUUUCAUGCUUUUGAAGACCUACAGUUUCAGGCACAUGGUGAUUAUGGCCUGAGGAAUGACUAUCACAUGGAUCUUGGCCAGUUCCUAGAAUACCUAAAACAACAUCGAAGUGGACAUAUUUUUCAGAUUUUAUUUGGUGUCAAAGGCAAAGUUUCAGAAAAAUAA